CUGGGCGCGGGGCGCGCCCCCAGCCCGGCUGCGGGGAGGAGACCUGCGAGCGCGGGAGUCGGGGCCGCCCCGGCCCGGCCCCUGCGUGCCCGCCUCCCGAGGGUCCGGCCUGCGCCCCCCGCGGGGCCCGCCCCCCGCCAGCCCCCGGGCCCGCGCGUCGCUGCCCCUUUAAGAAGCCCAGGUAGGCAGGCCCGGCUGCGGGAGCCGCUCCUAUGGCAACCCGCGAGCUGCGGCGGCUUCAUGAAUAUUCCGGGGCGCGGGAGCCCGGGCGCUGCCGGAGGGCGCUCCGGGGGAGGCGGCCGCUGAUGUAAGCCCGGCCGUGCCGCUGGGCUCCGCUGGGCUCCGCCGGGCUUCUCUGGGCUUCGCCGGGCUGCGGCGGGGAGCCCCGGGACGCGCCCGCCGGGAUCGGCCGGCCGAGGGCAGGCGAGCCCCCGAGUGACCGCCGCGAGAGCCCCCCGGGCCCCGCGGGUGUGCGGGACGGUGCCGUGCGCUCGGCGCCCCCGAGCGGCUCCCCGCGCCCAUUGUUCCCGCGGGGGCGGGGCGCCUGGAGCCGGGCGGCGCGCCGCGCCCCUGCUCGCGGGCGGGAGGGAGGCGGCCGCGCGGGGUCCCCCGCGCCCCUCGGAGCGCGCGAGCCCGGGGACUGGCCCGGCGCCCCCCGCCGCGUGCCCGGCAUGGGCGCCUGAAGCGGCCCGCGCGGUGCCCGUGGCGAAGGACGCGUCCCCGCGGGCGCACUGACCCGCGCGCGGACCUGGAGCCGGGCGGCCGCGCCGCACCCGCGCCCCGGCCCCCGGCGCCAUGGACAAGCUGCCGCCGUCCAUGCGCAAGCGGCUCUACAGCCUCCCGCAGCAGGUGGGGGCCAAGGCGUGGAUCAUGGACGAGGAGGAGGACGCCGAGGAGGAGGCGUCGGGCGGCCGCCGGGACCCCGGCCGCAGGAGCAUCCGGCUGCGGCCGCUGCCCUCGCCCUCGCCCUCGGCGGCGGCCGCGGAGCCCCGGGGCGCGGCCCUCGGGGCGGCGGCGGACGGCGAGGGGCCGGCCCGCGGCGCGGGCAAGUCCAGCACCAACGGCGACUGCCGGCGCUUCCGCGGGAGUCUGGCCUCGCUGGGCAGCCGGGGCGGCGGCGCGGGGGGCGGCGCAGGGGGCGGCGGCGGCGGCGGCAGCCACGGGCACCUGCACGACUCCGCGGAGGAGCGGCGGCUCAUCGCCGAGGGCGACGCGUCCCCCGGCGAGGACAGGACGCCCCCGGGCCUGGCCGGCGAGCCCGAGCGCCCCGGCGUCCCGGGGCCGCCCGCCGCCUCGCCGCCGCCGCCGCCGCCGGCCUCCGCCUCCUGCGAGCCGCCCUCGGCGGACACCGCGAUCAAAGUGGAGGGAGGCGCGGCCGCCGCCGGGGACCAGAUCCUCCCCGAGGCCGAGGUGCGCCUGGGCCAGACCGGCUUCAUGCAGCGCCAGUUCGGGGCCAUGCUCCAGCCCGGGGUCAACAAAUUCUCCCUGAGGAUGUUCGGCAGCCAGAAGGCGGUGGAGCGCGAGCAGGAGCGGGUGAAGUCGGCCGGGUUCUGGAUCAUCCACCCCUACAGCGACUUCAGGUUUUACUGGGACCUGACGAUGCUGCUGCUGAUGGUGGGAAACCUGAUCAUCAUCCCCGUGGGCAUCACCUUCUUCAAGGAUGAGAACACCACGCCCUGGAUCGUCUUCAACGUGGUGUCCGACACCUUCUUCCUCAUCGACCUGGUCCUCAACUUCCGCACAGGGAUCGUGGUGGAGGACAACACCGAGAUCAUCCUGGACCCGCAGCGGAUCAAGAUGAAGUACCUCAAGAGCUGGUUCGUGGUGGAUUUCAUCUCCUCCAUCCCCGUGGACUACAUCUUCCUCAUCGUGGAGACACGCAUCGACUCCGAGGUCUACAAGACGGCCCGGGCCCUGCGCAUCGUCCGCUUCACUAAGAUCCUGAGCCUGCUGCGUCUCCUGCGCCUCUCCCGCCUCAUCCGCUACAUCCACCAGUGGGAGGAGAUCUUCCACAUGACCUACGACCUGGCGAGCGCCGUGGUGCGCAUCGUGAACCUCAUCGGCAUGAUGCUGCUGCUGUGCCACUGGGACGGCUGCCUGCAGUUCCUGGUGCCCAUGCUGCAGGACUUCCCCGACGACUGCUGGGUGGCCAUCAACGGCAUGGUGAACCACUCGUGGGGGAAGCAGUACUCGUACGCGCUCUUCAAGGCCAUGAGCCACAUGCUGUGCAUCGGCUACGGGCGCCAGGCGCCCGUGGGCAUGUCGGACGUGUGGCUCACCAUGCUCAGCAUGAUCGUGGGCGCCACCUGCUACGCCAUGUUCAUCGGCCACGCCACCGCACUCAUCCAGUCCCUGGACUCCUCCCGGCGCCAGUACCAGGAGAAGUACAAGCAGGUGGAGCAGUACAUGUCAUUCCACAAGCUGCCGCCCGACACGAGGCAGCGCAUCCAUGACUACUACGAGCACCGCUACCAGGGCAAGAUGUUCGAUGAGGAGAGCAUCCUGGGGGAGCUGAGUGAGCCGCUGAGGGAGGAGAUCAUCAACUUCAACUGCCGCAAGCUGGUGGCCUCCAUGCCUCUCUUCGCCAACGCCGACCCCAACUUCGUGACAUCCAUGCUGACCAAGCUGCGCUUCGAGGUCUUCCAGCCCGGGGACUACAUCAUCCGCGAGGGCACCAUCGGCAAGAAGAUGUACUUCAUCCAGCACGGCGUGGUCAGCGUGCUCACCAAGGGCAACAAGGAGACCAAGCUGGCCGAUGGCUCCUACUUCGGCGAGAUCUGCCUGCUGACUCGCGGCCGGCGCACGGCCAGCGUGAGGGCGGACACCUACUGCCGCCUGUACUCGCUGAGCGUGGACAACUUCAACGAGGUGCUGGAGGAGUACCCCAUGAUGCGGCGCGCCUUCGAGACGGUGGCGCUGGACCGCCUGGACCGCAUCGGCAAGAAGAACUCCAUCCUCCUGCACAAAGUGCAGCACGACCUCAACUCGGGCGUGUUCAACUACCAGGAGAACGAGAUCAUCCAGCAGAUCGUGCAGCACGACCGCGAGAUGGCGCACUGCGCGCACCGCGCCCAGGCCGCCCCGGCGCCCGCGCCCGCGCCCGCGCCGCUCAUCUGGACGCCGCUCAUCCAGGCGCCGCUGCAGGCGGCCGCGGCCACCACGUCGGUGGCCAUCGCGCUCACGCACCACCCGCGCCUGCCGGCCGCCGUCUUCCGCCCGCCGCCCGGCCCCACGCCGCGGCCCCGCGCGCGCCUGCACUCGCUCGUGCCCGCCACGCUGGGCGCCGCCUCGCCGGCCAGCAGCCCGUCGCAGCUGGACACGCCGUCCUCCUCGUCCUUCCACAUCCAGCAGCUGGCCGGCUUCUCGGCGCCCGCGGGCCUGAGCCCGCUGCUGCCCGCGGCCGGCGCCUCGUCCCCCGCCGCGCCCACGCCCGCCGCGCCCGCGGGCUUCGGCCACUUCCACCAGGCGCUGGGCGGCUCCGUGUCCUCGUCCGACUCGCCCCUGCUCACGCCGCUGCAGCCUGGCGCGCGCUCCCCGCAGGCCGGCCAGCCCCAGCCGCCGCUGCCCGGGGCUCGCGGCGCGCCCGGACUCCUGGAGCACUUCCUGCCGCCGCCGCCCGCCGCCCGCUCCCCGGCCUGCAGCCCCGGGCAGCUGGGCCAGCCCCCCGGGGAGCAGCAGCCGGGCACCCCGGAGACGCCCCCGCGGCAGCCCGAGCGCCCGGCCUUCGGGGCGGCGGCCUCGGGGGCCGCCUCGCCCGUCGCCGCCUUCUCCCCGCGAGCCGGCCUCAGCCCCGCCGGCCACAGCCCCGGGCCCCCCAGAACUUUCCCCGGGCCCCCGCCGCGCGCCUCCGGCUCGCACGGCUCCUUGCUGCUGCCCCCCGCCUCCAGCCCGCCGCCCCCGCAGGUGCCACAGCGCAGGGGGACCCCGCCCCUGACCCCCGGGGGCCGCCUCACCCAGGACCUCAAGCUCAUCUCGGCCUCCCAGCCGGCCCUGCCCCAGGACGGGGCGCAGACUCUGCGCCGGGCGUCCCCGCACUCGUCUGGGGAGUCAGUGGGGGGCUUCCCGCCCUUCCCCAGGGCCGGGGGCAGCAGCGGGGGCCUCGGCGUGCCCGGGAGGCCCCAUGGUGCCGCCCCUGGCCAGCUGCACGUCACCCUGCCUCGGAAGACAUCCUCAGGUUCUCUGCCACCCCCCCUCUCCUUGUUUGGGGCUAGACCCGUCGCCCCUGCGGGCCCCCCCGGGACUGGAGCGGAGCCGGUGCGCUCCAAACUGCCGUCCAAUCUCUGAGUGGGGGGGGCCCGCGCCCCACUCCGUGCCCGCCUCUGGCUUCCUUCAGGUGUAACUGUGAUUAGGACAGACGCCAGUACCCUUACACUGGCCCUCACCUGAGCAGCGGCGCCGGGAACACCCAGGUACCCUGAGAGCUCUCCAGUUUUGGUCACUGGCUUUUAUAGACUAUUUUAAUACUCCAGGGAGGGGGAGGGAAGCAGGCAGGGCCCCAGUGCCGGAUGCAGAGGAACCGUGGAGGGGCGCCUGGGGUCUCUGCUCGCAGGUGGGGGGCUCCAAGAGCAGCCUGCCCUUCGCUUUUGUUGUUUGAGGGUGGCAGCCACCCCCAACCUGGUGUCCUGGCACUGGGAGCCCUCUGUGGGGGCCCCGGGUUCCCUGGGAAUGGGGCUGCCCCUCGGCUGCCUGUGUCCUCGGGUCCUGCACUUUUCCUGCUGCAAAUGUAGCCAGAUGUGUGGCGGAAUCAGCCGGUAUCUGUGUAAGAGUCUGUAGUGCUCCUUAGAACUGCCUGCACUGUGCCGUCUAGUGUCACCCCUUGUCCCCAGGACACCCGAGCCACCUUCCAGCCACCUGUCCUGGCCAAGCAAGGCCUGAGGAAAUGAGGUGUCCUCAGGGAGGGGGACCCCAGGACCUGCAGCCCCCACCACCCCAUCUCAAACCCUCUCCCUGCACAGGAUAGUCGCUCCAGGCCAGCCCCUCCCCCACCCCUCCCCUCCAUCUCCCUCCAUUCUCCCCUCCCUCACCCACCCCUCCUGCCCUUCCUCCACUCCCCUCCUGACCUUUCACGGCCCCUCUCCCCUCUCCUCUCUCCUCUUCCUCAACCUCCCCCCUCCCCCUGGCCUAGAGCACUCCUCCCCCUUCAAUUCCAGGCCCUCAGUUCCCUUAUCUGCACAGUGAAGGGGGUUUUAGUUUUAUUUCUUGAGUCUGUGGUGCCGAGCACCGGGUGAGCACUUUACCUCCGUGGGCUCCUUCAUUUUCGACCAUGAGGUGUGUGUUUCGUGAUUACCCCCCCCUACAUGCACACACACAUUUUACAUAGGAGGAACCAGUUGGGGAUCCUUUUCCCAGAGUCGUGUCAGGAGACAUGGCAGAGUUGUGGCUGAGCGGAGACCCGGGUCCUGCGUGAGGCCAGGCCGAGGUUCCUGCCGCUGGGAAUCUGUGCAGCGGGUCUGGAGAGAGGACCAAGGUUAAGGUGCUUGCUCUGCAUCCCGCUGACCCUGGUUCAAUCCCCGAGCACUACUGGGGAGCACAGAGGCAGGAGUAAAAUCUGAGCAUCACUGAAUGUGACCCCAAUACCAAAAAGAAAUCCGCUGAGGGUGGCAGUUAAGCAUGGGAAGAGAGCAGGUUUGGGAGGCAGGCGGCCCUGGCUUUAAGCCACAUCGUAGCUCUGGGACCUGGGCACAUUCUUGAAGUUUCCUGCAUCUGUGGCCUCCUACAUAAAAUGGGACUGUGGUUCGACCACACAAGGCCCCCUGCACCUGUUGGGUGACCGCCACCCAUUGCAGGAGUUCCCCGAAGACCAGGCCUCUGCCCCGGCCUCACACACAAACCCCCAGGGAGGGGGGAGCAGGGAAGGAAGACUGGUGGGCCAGGUGCUCUGGGGGAUGGGGCUGAGCUGCAGGCCUGAGGGAGAAGGGCGACCUGUGGGCCGAGGACAUUGGCCUGAUUCGGGGCCACUGGGGCUGGACUGGCUGCAUGUGGAGCCCUGAGCCAGCCCCACCUCCAAGGCCGGAGGCAGAGAACUGGGGUUGUGCCCCUCUGCCCCCCCACCAGCCCCCACUGUGGGGCGAGGGGAGGACAGGGGCCAGCAGGCUCAGUCACCCAGGAGAGAAGAGAGGGCGGCGAGGGAACCUGGGGUCUCCGAGGGAGGAAGGCCCUGGCGCUGGUCUCUUCUGGGCCUAGACAGUUGUCUCUGCUGCAGGGACUUAAACAGCAGUUUUGCAUCCAGGAUCCCAGGCUUCAGUCCUGGGGGUGGGGCCGGGCCAGGGGGCAGGGCUGGGGGUGAGGGUUCCUGCAGGCACCAGGGCUGGCCUCCACCCUUCCACAUGUCUCACACACUCACACUCACACACACACAAACACACACACACACACACGCACGCACGCACAAGCACAUGCACACACCCUGUGACCAGGCCCCAGUAAGCAUGUUUGUAAUUCCAUCCCCUCCUGCCUCCCCCUUCCCCGCCCCUUUGUUAAGACCAAGGAAGGUAACUGCCAUGGUGUAGCUUUGACGACAUUUUAAAGAUGCCCGAUGCCCUACGAUGCUGCCUCUCUGGGUGCCCGGGGCUGGGGGCCGCAAGGCUCAUGGGGUCAGCAGAGUCUUGGCCCAGGCCUGGGGGUGAGAAGCAGCAAGGAGGCAGAGAGUCCUGUGCCUCUGAGAGAGGGGUGUGGGGGAGGGGCCCCGGGCCACAUUCCACCUGCCCGUGCUCCCUUGGUGCUCUCUGCAGGAACUCCAUCCAAAUCAGGAGGGGUCAGCCUCAUUCCAGGGGCCUUUGGCUGCUGUGGACAAAGGUCAUGUCAGGGCCAGGAGUGAGGGUUGCCUGGGGGUGUUGGGGGUGCUGCUGGAAGUUGGAGAUCCUCUGGCUCCCCUCAUUCCUGACUGUGGAGUGGUCCCGCCGGUGUGUGGACGUGGCUGGGAGCCGGCAGGGGCAGGCCCGGAGCUCCCACGCAGGGGAUGUCCUCAGAGCGGGCGGGGUACCCAGUCCCUGGCGGGUGGCAGAGCGGAUGCUGUUGCCAUGGGAACCGGUCUGGGAAUCCUGUUGCUAAGGAGGCAGCUGGGAGGCCGGUGUCCCCAUGACAACUGCCCCCGGUGGCCCACGCAGCAGCACUGCCUUAGGGACAGCCCAGCUUGGAAAGGCAGGUGUCCCCAUGCCAGAAGCUGGCCUGGGGGCCACCAGAGAAGCCUUUUGGGACAGGUGGGAGGGAUGAGCUGCCAGGCUGCCAAGCCCCAAACAGGACUCAUGCCACCCACUGCCUGACCCCGGUGGGGCCUGGCUCCUCCUGGGUCACAGGGAGGUAACAUGAAGGUGCAGGAAACCCAGGAGGUGCCCACUGUGCUUUCGUGUCAUUCCAGAGGGCCACUGCUGAAGGACACCACGGCUCGGAGAGCGAUAGGGGCCUCCCAGGCACCCCCGUUUGACUGGAGACUGGGUGCAUCCAGGAAUUCAGACCAGGGCCCACGAGUGGCACCCAGGCUGGGGGUGGAGCUGCCAGGGGCGGGCGGAGACACCCUGCUUUGCUCUUGUCACGUGUCCCCAGUUUGGUGUCUGUGCUAGAGUGUGUCUCCCCCUCCAGAUAUGCCUCAGCACUCCGGGCUUUAGUCUCUGGGAUCCUGCUCAGCUCGGCUCCCUCCUGCAUUAGUGGGGCUCCCCCUUACUGGGGGAGGGGUUAGUUCUGGGGAUCAAACCCAGGGCCUCAAGCAUGCAGGGUGAGCCAGUACUCAGCUGCCGAGCAACAUCCCCAGUCCUGGACUAGAAUGGCUUUUUAAACUCCAGAUGUCACCCUAAUAUUAUUACUGUGUGUGUGUGUGUGUGUGUGUGUGUGUGUGUAUGCGCUCGCGCGCGCGCGUGCGCGCAUGGUUAGGUCGUUCUCUGGUGCUGGGGCCUACUUCUGGCUCUGUGCCUAGUGAGUGCCCUGGGAAGUGCUCAGGAACUGUCUGUGUGAGAGAUCAAAGGGGAAAGGGGGCCAGGCAAGCAUCUGAACCCCUGUGCUCUCUCUCCAGCCCUUACAUUGGGUUGUGUGAGUGUGUUUUUCAAAUAGGGCAUUUUUAAAUGCCUAAUAAUAUUCUCCCAGUUCAGGGCCAGAGAGAUAGUACAGGCUCCUGCUUUGCACGUGGCUGAUCCCGGUUUGAUCCCCAGUACUGUCUCUCGUCCUCCACAGCUCGCCCGGAGUGAGCCCUGAGCACUGCUUAGGACCCAAAACCAAAAAAGCAAAAAUACCCCCCACAGCUCCAAGCCUCUUCCCAGCUGCUGCUUCUCACACAGCCAAACUCACUGCCCGCCAGGCUAUCCAGCCCUCUCUUCGUCCUCCCCUGCCCCCAGCUCCCUCCACCCAGGUCUCAGCAGACAGGUCAGCUUGGGCAGGGCCUGCUUCACUUCCCAGCGUCCAGUGCUGCCAGGUCCUGCCCCCUUCCCGGUCCCAGCUCCUCUGUACUGCCCCAGCUUUCUCUUCAGCGUCACCCUGAGAUGUCGGUCACCUCCUUACUCCCCACACACUUCUUGGGGGGCAUCGUUUUCAUAUCUGUGGCUCUCCUGGAGGCGAAGCCCCCCUCCCCCCAGAUGUCCCCUCGCAGGUUAGGCGUCACAUUCCCAGAGGCAUCUUCCACCUGUCAUUCUGGCCUGCAGGUUCCCAAGCUCCAUAGGACAGGACCUGGUCCCCCCUAUCCUGCCCCAGCCAAUUGGACCUUCUCCAACCUUUCUUUCCCGUGAUGGGAGAUUUGUCACACAUGCAGAAGAAGAUAUACACACAGAACAAGCGAAAUGUUCAAGUAUGCUGAGCAGCUUAAUGACCAGGGCAGGGAGGAAGACCUCAGAAGCAUCCAUCUGGCCCCCCUGGGUCUGCCUGGGACCCUCCUCCUCUCAGAAGUGGGCUCUGACCGGCGGGCUUGGUUGCGUGUCUGGGGGGAGGUUGGGUUUGGAAGUCGGGGUCUCUGCAGGCAGGGAAGAGGGAGCAGGAUUCUGGACGGUACCACAGCCGUAUGGUUCAGAAUUGCUGAUGCAUGGUGAUAACAAGCAGAUUGAGUUUUUGCCCGUUUUAUGAUUGUUUAAAAUGUCUUUUAAAUGCUCCAACCUUUUGAUGGCCAUCCCAGGUGUGGGUCCCUGUCACCCACUGUCAGCUUUGUAGACUUGAGCUUUACACGUAUGUAAAGUUACACUGGGGCACACGAAUUCUUUAGUAAUUGGCUUUUUUGUUCACUCGUGUCACGUUGAAACCCUGUGGCUGCUCGGAGCAUCGUUAAGGCACGGCCAAUGCUCCAGACGGUGGUGCAGAAUCCUCUGCCCGUGUGUGUGUUUCUCGAGGAGACAUCUCCACUGACGCCAGCUCUUGUUAUUACAAGCAGCCCGGCUGCGGACACUUGUUUGUAGCGCUGGUAGUGCAGUGUAAAAGGAUCAUUAGGCCCCGUAUCUAGGAAUGGAAUAACGGAGUCAGAGAGCAAAUUAAUCUUCACUUUACAAGAUAAUGCCAAGCUGUUUUAAAUAGUUCUGACAAUUUAUACUCCCACCUGCAGCGUUUGAGGCGUCCUCCUGCUUCCCAUUCUUGCCAAUAAUUGGAAACAUCAGACUUUCUUAUUUUUCCCCAGUCUAGUGAUAGCUAAUUGUGUUUUAAUGUGCAAAUCCCUAAUUACCAGUAAGGCUGAAUGUUUCUCAUGUAUCCAUUUGCCAUUCAUGCUUCCUCUUCUGAAAAAGGUUUUGUCUGAUAUUUCGCCUGAUCUCCCAUUACUGUUUUUCUUCUUGGUUCACGUUUUACACACACACACACACACACACACACACACACACACACCCCAUCUGUACGGAAAGUGAGUCCUUUGUUCUUUAUACAUACUGCAUAUAUCUUCUUUCUGUUUAUGGCUUGUAUUUCCCUCUCUGUGUGUGUUCUUUAAUGAGCAGAAGUUUUACAUUUUAAUGAGGUCAAGGUUAGCAAUAUAUUCUUAAAUGUCUAAUACUUCCUUAGUGCCUUUUUUGCUUAUUUAAGAAACCUACUUUACUCUGAUGUCACAAAGAUAUCCUAAGUUAGUUCCUAAAAAAUGUGAAGUUUUGCUGUUCACAUUUAAGCCCUUAACCUACCUGACUUUGGCUAAAUUUCGGCAUAGUGUCAGGGCAUAAUUCAUCUCACCUUUGCCCCAUGUGUACGACCACUCAACCCUACGCAUUUGCAGUGCACUGGCUCCAUCCUAGCCGGGGCCGUGUGGAAGCUCUCCAGAACCUGUCUGUCCUCGAUCUAGCAGUCUCAGCCUCUGUCUGAACCACCCCAGCUUCAUUGUGCAUGUUGGUAUCUAGCAGCAUUGCCUGCCCACCUUUACCUUAGCAAUGACUCAGCUCUUCUGCCCACCCCCCUUUUUUCUGUACUACCAAGUACAUUAUACAAACUGUAUGAAGAUGCAUAAAGAAUCUCAUGGGCUUCUGUCUGAAAUAACAUGAACAUUGUGAUUUGGAACUGACUGCCUCUGGAUGAGCAGGGUAUGAUGCUCCCUGCAGACUGGUCUUUGUUCAGAUCCCUGGUAUUCGUCACUCUAAGUGCUGCUGCCCCCAAAGAAAAAAGUCCAAAGUUGAGAAGGCUGCUCACCGAGGUUUAUUCCAGCUCAGGUUCAACCCGUCUGUGGGCCAGCUGGCCAGCACUCCGCUGAGGUCAUCUCAAACCCUCCACAGCACUGGGCGGAGAGGCGAUGCCCGGUCAAGACAGGAUUCCAGAUGGCUGCUCCCCGUCACCACCCCACCCCACAGGAGUCCCUGCUUCCUUGUGACUAAGGAGACUCAGGUCCCUAGGAGAGCACAUGGCGUAUUCACUGGUGUUGAAAGACAGACCAAGGCCCCUGGGACGCGUGAAGGGUUUAAUCUGCAAAACUCAACUCACAGUUGGGCAUGGCGCCAAAGCAGAGGCAGGGAGCUCUCAGCGGACAGGAGCCAGAGGAAAGUGCCACAGCAGAGAGGGGUGCCAGUGGGCCUGGCUUCCGCUUAGCGCCACAUCAGGCUGUUGAUGACAGGCUAUUCUAAGCGGGGGUGGCUUCAUAACCUUAGGGUGUUGAAGGCUUAGGUCGGGGGUUGCCUGUAUAAGCCACGGAGGCAGCAGAGUCACAUCAGCCCAGUGGGCUUUCUGUUUGUGACUUUAACACUGGGCAUUAAUUGUCUCUGCCAAACCUUUCCACAUAGUUUUUUAGUUUUCUUCAUGAAGGUUUGUACAUUUUAUGAGCUUUAUUCCGAGUACCUUGUGUUUGGUGGUUACUGCUCAUCAUAUCUAUUCAUUAUCAAGUUGCAAUUUAUAAUCUCACAGUUCACCAGUUUGCAGUGUACAGUUCAAUGAGUUUUGGCAAAUUCACUCUGUCCUAUCACCUUCCCAACCAUGAAGAUCUAGAACAUUCCAUCAUUCCUCCUGUGCCCAUGCCAUCCGUCCCUCUACUUCUGCCCCUAGGCCUGACCCCUGGCAAUGUGCUUUCUGUCUCCGAGGUUUUGCCUUUUCUAGUUUUACGUAGAUGCAAUCAUAAAGUGUGGGCUCCUUCCUUUAGUGACGUCAUUACACUCUGUCCCUGCCGAGUGUCCUGUGGUAAGCAGAGCCUUGCCAGGACGAUGGCAGUUUGUCUAGACACUCACAGAUGAACAUCGGGGCUGUUUCCAGCUUGGGGUUCUGGCAAAUAUAGCUCCUACGAACAUUCAUGUGGAUGUGGAUUUGCAUCACCCCGAGUUCAUAUCCAGAUGGUGACACAGCUCACACUCCGAAACCACCUGACUCUUUCCAAAGCUGGAACACUGCUUUGCAUUCACACCAGCAAUUGUAUGAGAGGACCACUCCACAUCCUGGCGACACUUGGUAUCUCAGCCUUCUGUUUUUACCACUGAAGAGGGUGUGCAAUGUUCAUUUUUGGUUUUCAUUUGCAUUUCUAUAAUGACGGGAAUUUCUCGGCAUCUUUUCUGCUGUUGAUUUGCUAUCCACAUGUAUUCUUUGGUAAAAAUGACUGUUCAGAUCUUUACCCAUUUAUUUUUACUGGCUCGUUUGUUUUCUUUUUAUUAUUAAAUUAUAAAUAAUAUAUUCAGGAUAUUAGACCUUUC